AAGAGGUCCUGCCUCGUCAGGUGACAAAUAUUUAUGUAUCCACCCAUCUAUGACCUCACACACUGUUUAUACGGUCACCAGUAACAGAGUAGCAACAUAACAAUACUCCUCACAAGACAAGACCGGACCCAUUGAGAUAUACACGUCUUCUAGAGCCAUUUUGUAGUCAACCAACGUGGGUUAGCCUUGUACUACGGAUACACUGAAAGCUUCGCGAGUCCGGUCUUAUAUAUAUACACCUCGUCAUGGCAGGCGCCGGAUCCCCGCUUGUCAAGGGCAUGAACUCGGGGGAGUCCUUACUCAAGUUCAUCGACAGAGUUGUCCGCCCUGACGCAGGGUAUAUAGCAAGAUGUCAGGAACUAGUUGGGAAGUUCGUCAAAUUUCUUGAGAUGAAAAACGGACCCCUGAAUGUGAAUAAAAUAGUAACGGCAGGAUCUCUCGUGAGUGGUACUGCCGAGAGGGCAAGGGCCGACAUCGACCUCAUCAUCUACCUCAACGACUACAGCAGCGUCAGAGAUCUCAGCAGAGACAUUGGCAACGUGCUACGACAUCUGAAGACCUACAUUGAAACAGACGUCAUCUGGGCCAAGAGCCUCGUGUUCAAGGCAAUGGCACCACAUUCUGCACAGUUCUUCCUCAAGUUGGGCGAUAGCGACACCGAACAUACAGUCGACCUGCUCCCGGCUGUGGACAUCGCGAAAACAAUGUCGCAGAGCGCCAUCUAUGAAGAGAUGAAGGACCAGACAGACAUCCGGAGGUUCUACGGCGUGAGUCUCGCCCCCUUUCACUUCCGGUUCCUCCAAAAGGUGCCGGCCAAGGUCAAAGAUCUCAUCAGACUCGUCAAGUACUGGAGAAGGGCCGAGGACGUGCCCAUUGGGAGCGGCUUCAUCGAGACACUUGUGAUUGCUGUCUGGCGGGAAGACCACAAACCUCAAAACUUUGAUAUGAACCAGUACCUCCGACACGUCAUGCAGCGACUGUCACAGAUCAAGACUCUCGCCGUCGUCUUCGACGACAACUACAACCACCGCUUGUACAGAAACGACCUGAAGCCGCCAUACCUGCUUGACCCAUGUGACCCUUACAAGAACAUGGCGCCCUCUAUCGGUGACAUUCCCAUAGUAAAGAAGAAGGCGGACGCUGUACUAGAAAGCCUUGCACGUGACGGAAGUGUAUCCACUCAGACAAGCAGAUGAAACGGCCGGUCGAUCCAAGUGCAAUUUAUGUAGCAAUGUGAUUAUCAUCGAUAUAUUGAUCCGACUGAUUCGUAUCGAUAUGACAAUCGAUAGCUGUCUGGAAAUGUCGGGAGUUCUCAGGAUAAGCUCCGUGCAUAACCAGCUCAGCGAAACAUCACUCGGUCCCAGUUCUGGGUCCAUCGAGCAAUAUCGAGUUACCAGUCAGUUGGUUCAGUACUAUUAUAAUGCUAUUGCAAUACAAUCGCAUCAGUGAAAACAGCCCCAGUGAGUUUUCGAGGGCGGGUGCUUAUUUUGGAUAUUUUAUUUACAUGUUGACAGAAUUAAACAAAUUGGAUAACAUAAGAAUAACAUGUAGCGCAGAAUGCUCACAUAAAUAUUACUACCCUGUCAGAUAUGUAAUGACGGAUUCGGGUCAGUGAUUUAACCACAGCGAAUGCAUGUAUCACAUGCAGUAUAUAGUAUUUCAAGAGUAAUAUACAGUAUACCACAUGCAGUAACGUACAGUGGACCGCGAGCAGUGUGCGCUGGGCAGUAGCACAAAUCCCCCCCUCCUCUCCCUCAAGCAAACCCCUCGUGGGGGAGUGACCAGGUCACAGGACAGGCGUGCACUGGUCAGCUGCUUCACUACAUACUCUUGGAGUUGUGGGACUGCAACUUGAUGCUGUUGUUUUAUAAGGCCAAGGUUAUGAUCAUCCGGAUGACCACUGCACAAGAGGCAUGUGGGUUGUGGACAAGAUACUACGUGGCAUAACUGUAUUACCUUAUAAAGAAUAGUAUGAAUGUUAGAAAGAGAUAUAUGCAGCCAGACCGGCGCAAGCUAGCAGUUGAGACCUGGGAGCUGAACACGAAACAACUAGUAAAGCUCCCAUGCACAAUAAAACGUUGUGGACCCGCA